GCCUGGAAAACUGCAGACCACGUCGGCCAUGAAGCAGCAAAUACAGUUAGACACAACGUUGGUGAAGCCUUGGAAUGGGCCAAUGAGCAUCCAGGCGAGACUGCGGGUAUUGUUGCUUGCGUUGUCGCUAUACCGGUCGCCAUUGCGGCCACAGGCCCAAUCCUGGGUGCCGCAGGCUUCACUGGUCAGGGAAUUGAUACUGGCUCCGCUGCUGCUAUUGCUCAGUCCGCAGUAGGCAACAUCGCCGCCGGUUGUACCUUUGCGAUUCUUCAGAGCGCAGAAGGAGGCAGCUCGGGUACUGUCAUCGUCAAUAUUGUCGUUGCCGGCACUGUCCUUGGUGUCGCGGCUGCAGCUACAGCACCAGGCCUUAUCAAGGCUGUCAACGAGAGCAAGAGCAAGGAGGAAGACGCUUGGAGGGCGGACGCCGAAAACACGAAAGACUGA